AAUAGGUUACAAACCAACAUAUCGGCUUUAUAGCAACUAUCAAGCACUCCUUAUUAGAUUAUUAAUGAGAUAGUGGAAAUUUCUUUAAAACCUAUUAUUUAUUUCCGGAAGGUGUAAUAUAUACAAGAGUUAUAAUUUCAAAAUGGAAAAUUUUCUACAACUAGAAAACUUAAAGCCAUAUUUAUUACACGUAUUAUCGACAGAAUGUUACGACAAAUAUUUCAUUGAAAAAGAUUUUGCGGAUGUGGAAUGCGGAAAAGCUGUACUUUCGAAAUGCCUUGGUUUUGCAAUUAUUGCCGGCUCGAUUCUAGUCAAAAUUCCACAAAUUUUAAAAAUUUUAAACAGCAAAAGUGCAGAGGGCAUCAACAUUUUUAGCGUCCUACUAGAUUUAGCGGCUAUCACGUUUAAUAUGUCGUACAGUUUUGUGAGCAAAUUUCCUUUUAGUUCAUGGGGCGAUAACACUUCUUUGGCCGCACAAACUGCAAUUAUUGCUAUAUUGGUAUAUUACUAUGGAGGAUCGGCUUUAAAAUCUAUCAUAUUUACUGUCCUGUAUGGUGGAAUUUGCUAUGCUUUAAUGGGUGGAUUGACACCUAUUGAAUAUUUAUGGGCUGCUCAGUGUUGUAAUAUACCAAUACUGCUAGUAGGCAAGUUAUCUCAAGCAUACACUAAUUUCAAAAAUAAAAGUACCGGACAACUUUCAGCUGCAACAUGUUUCAUGCUUUUAGCUGGUUCUUUAGCGAGAGUUUUUACAUCAGUUCAAGAAACUGGAGAUAAUCUCGUUGUCCUUUUGUAUUCAGUAUCAUCAUUAGCUAACGGCAUUAUUGCAAGUCAAAUACUAUUAUAUUGGAACAAAAAAGUACCAAAACAGAAGAAACAAGCAACAAAAACUCAACAAAAAGGUGGAAAAACAAAAGGAAAAUCCAAAAAAGUUGAUUAGGAGAAUUCCGUUUCAAAAUUUAUCGAUAAUACAUAGUUUAGAUUUUA